AUGUUCGAAAACACCUGCACGCUACCUCUGACCGCCGAUGUCUUCGCGACAGCCCUUCAUCCUACCGAGCCGUUGCUCACCGUUGGUCUCUCCAGCGGACAUGUCGAGACCUUUCGAUUGCCUCCCGGCACCGGCUCUGACGAGAGCGCCGACGGAGAUACCAGUGUCCUUAGUGAUGGAAAGAGCAUGAUUGACUCUGUCUGGCGCACGCGAAGGCACAAGGGUAGCUGCAGGUCUCUUGUCUAUGCCCAUGACGGCUCAGCCGUUUACUCGGCCGGAACCGACUCCCUCGUCAAACAUUUCGAACCGACCACUGGUCAGGUCAUUUCCAAGUUCGCUAUCCCGAGUACAACAUCGAUGCCCGAUGCGCCUACCUUGCUCCACGUCCUGAACCCUCAGAGCCUCCUUCUUGCGACCGACUCAGGCGCCUUGCACAUAAUUGACCUUCGUGACGGCGCUCCUGGCAAGAAGCCUGCCCAAACCCAUUUCCCCCACGCCGACUACGUCUCCUCGAUCACACCUCUGCCGCCUACCAAGGAGAGCACUAGCGGAUUUCCUAAGCAAUGGGUCAGCACUGGUGGUACGACCCUGGCUGUCACAGAUGUCAGGAGAGGAGUGCUUGUGCGCAGCGAGGAUCAAGAAGACGAGCUGCUAACCUCGUGCUUCGUCCCCGGCAUGGGUCCCAAGGGACACCGUGACAAUGGCAUAUUGGCCAUUGGCUCCGGAUCUGGCGUCCUGACACUCUGGGACAAGGGCGCAUGGGAUGAUCAACAAGAGCGCAUCAUUGUCGACGGCGGUAAGAAGAGCGGAGGUGAAAGUAUCGACGCCUUGGUGCUGGUGCCCCAAGAAAUGGGUCUCGGAAAGAAGGUCGUCUGUGGCGUCGGUGAUGGAAGCCUUCGUGUCGUCGACCUAGUCCGCCGUGAAGUCGAUGUCUCGGCCAACCUGCGCCACGAUCAUAUGGAGAGCGUUGUGUCUCUGGGUUUCGAUUCGGAGAACCGCCUUAUUAGCGCUGGAGGCAAGAGUGUCAAGCUGUGGGAGGAGCUCUCGGAGCUACAAGGCGGCAACGAUAGCGACGACGACGAUGACGAGGACAGCGAUGACAGUGAUGAUGAGGAAAUCAACUCUGGCAAGCGAGCCGCGGAUAGUGAUAGCGACGAGGACAGCGACGACGAGCGAGUCGCCGAGAUGAAGCGACGGGCAAAGCGACGCAAGGAGGUACAGAGCAGCAAGCUGGGACCGAUGGGAGCCCACGGCAUCAUGGGCUUCGAUGGUCUGGAUUAA